GUGCAUUAUAAAAACAGUGUCUUGAUGAAAGAUGAGCACCGACAUCCGACAGACUUGCCUCCGACAAUCAGUCUAUGCUAAUAGCCAAGAAGAUGCUGCAGCAAGCACUGAAAGCGUCCGGUCGGUGUGCGUCUCCUCUGAUAAAGUGUAUGGAGAGGUGGGCUGAGAUUGCAGCCGGCAAAAAGAAAACUAAUGCAGACCCGGUGAAAACUUUAAGGGAGAUGCCCGGACCCUCGGUCGGCAACUUUGCAUGGGACCUCUUCGCCAAACGGGGAUUAUCUCGGCUUCACCAACUGCAGUUGGAAAGUGUGCAGCGCUAUGGGCCAAUGUGGAAGGCUAGUUUUGGGCCCAUCUUUACAGUGCAUGUUGCUGAGCCAGGGCUCAUAGAGCAGGUGUUAAGGCAGGAGGGGCAGCACCCCAUGCGCUCUGACCUCUCCUCCUGGAAAGACUACAGGCAACUCAGAGGACAUGGCUACGGCCUCUUGACUUCUGAGGGGGAGGAGUGGCAAGCAGUGCGGAGUCUCCUGGGAAAGCACAUGCUGCGGCCACGGGCAGUGGAAGCUUACGAUGGAACCCUGAACAACGUUGUCAGUGACCUCAUUGCCAAGCUCCGUCUGCGCCGACGCCAAGAUCCCAGAGGUCUUGUUACUGACAUUGCAAGCGAGUUCUACCGCUUCGGCCUAGAGGGAAUUUCCUCAGUGCUGUUUGAGUCCAGGAUCGGUUGCCUGGAUCCUGUUGUUCCCACAGAGACAGAGCGUUUCAUCCAGUCAAUCAACACUAUGUUUGUCAUGACGCUUCUCACCAUGGCGAUGCCUAGUUGGUUACACCAGCUGUUCCCCAAGCCCUGGGACACCUUCUGUCAGUGCUGGGACUACAUGUUCCAAUUUGCUAAAGGUCAUAUUGACCAGCGUCUUAAGGAGGAGGCAGAAAAGCUGGCUCGAGGAGAGGAGGUGAAGGGACGCUACCUUACUUACUUCCUGUCUCGAACAGGGCUACCUAUGAAGGCUAUCUACAGUAACAUCACAGAGCUUCUCUUGGCCGGGGUAGAUACGAUCUCCAGCAGCAUGUCAUGGUCACUGUAUGAGCUCUCCCGUCAUCCUGAUGUCCAGACCACUCUCAGGGAGGAGGUGCUGACUGUGCUGGCAGGUCGGAGCAUACCUGGGGCUGCAGAUGUGGCCCGCAUGCCUCUCAUGAAAGCAGUGGUCAAGGAGGUGCUAAGACUUUAUCCUGUGAUUCCUGCCAAUGCGAGAGUCAUUACAGAGAAAGAUAUCCAGGUCGGCGGUUACAACAUCCCUAAAAAUACACUGAUCACGCUGUGCCACUUUGCAACGUCCCGGGACCCUGCAGUGUUCCCAAACCCAGAUGAUUUCCAACCCCAGCGCUGGCUAAACCGGGAUGAGGGGCAUCACCAUUAUGCCUCUCUGCCGUUUGGCGUGGGAAAACGCAGCUGCAUUGGCCGCCGUAUUGCUGAGCUUGAACUCUACCUGGCACUGGCACAGAUUCUGAUCCAGUUUGAUGUGAAGCCAGACCCAGAUGGUGGUGCAGUGAAACCUAUGACACGGACACUGCUGGUUCCAGAGAGCGACAUCAACCUGCAGUUUAUUGAGCGAUGACCCAUCAACUGUUGAGUUUUGUGACCGUAACCCCAUUUUUCUCAGAGUCGGACAGCAGUAGAGGAAGGGGGAAUUUAUUGGAGCUGUGAGCAUGUUGGAUCACAGUACACCAUGAACAAUGUAGCUCGGACCAGAGCACAACUACAGCCCCCUCUGCCAGAAGACAAGGUCCACGGCUCUCCAGAUGCAGGGUUCAGACACAAGGCCCAGGCCUGAUUUAAGACUAAGUUGAUUCAGCGUAAAGCAGCAGAUAUUGAAUGAAAUGUAGAAAUGUAUUUCCAUGCAACAUUAAGUUCUUAACAUGCAAGCAAUGUACUUUUAUGCUCUGGUUUCUACAACGGUGAAUUAUAGUAUUUAUCUCUGAGUAGUAGGUCAAUUUUUAAUUAGCAGUACUGAAUGGACACUUUUUUGCACAAAUAGACUAGAAGUAAAGGCACGUAUGUCUUGAAACUUUACAGGUCAAAAUGCAUACAACUUUAAACUUGAAAAUGCAUCAAGAUAAAAUACUGGCCAUGACAUUGGAAGGUAUUUGUCCUACUAUAUGGUUAUGUUGUUUUCUUCUCGGUUAAGUUGAAGCCCUUAUUUUCUAUUUAGACUUUUUAAAUAUAGUAAAUCAUUCCUUAGCUGAAAAUCAGUCCAAAGCAUGCAUGAACAAGUGUUAUCUAAAUAGCAGAUGUUAUCAUAGCUCAUUGUGUCCUUAAAGAUUACCUAUAUCAUGGUCAAAAGGUGCAUGAAAGGUGCUUUGCAAGAAAGGCAGCUAGUAAGAAUAUCCCUUGCUGGUUAUGCUUACUGUUCUCAUAUGUGUUUAACCUGUGUUACUGUUAGUUUAGUUUUUUAUGAAAAUUAUGAAUUUAUAUAUGAAAUGUGCUCAUGUUUAUUUGUGAAUUGUUCUGUCUGUAUGAUAAAAUCUUCAAAUUGUCUGUUACAGUA